GCGUCAAGUCAACAUCCCUGGAUGCCAAGUCACCUGAGGGUGCGCAGUUGCGUCGGCUUGUGCUUCGGGGCACCCGGGCGCAAAUCGCGCAGGCGAAGUCUGCUGUGGAGCAGCGAAUCGUCAUGGUGCUAGGAGCCAAGGCGGCCGAAAAGGUGCAAAAGCACUGGAGCGCCCAGCUUCUCGAAAAGAAGCGCACAGAAACGGGAUCGGAAGCUGCUAAAAGCGGCGUCCGCGGUCUCAGCGAGUUCGUGCUGCAUCAUGGUCUCAAAGCCGUGAUGGCGAGGCGACUGGCGAAGUUGGAUGCAAUGCUGCAGCGUUACACCAUCCGGCACUUCAAGCCCAUGAAAGCCAAGCCGGCCAAUGCGCUGCGAGGAUACCUGGCCUCUAUGUUCAAGUUUCCACAGCGCUGGCGCCUCGAGGCGCUCUACGAGGAUGGUGAGCUCGAUGGCGAGAUCUGUGAGACAGUUCCGCUCCGCACUAGCGCUGUUGUUGGCCGACAGCGGCUGGCUGCGCAAGAGGAUGCCGAGGACGAACAGCUGAUCGAGCUGGAGGUGAAUCCAUCCUUAGGCCCGAAGGAAGCCUCCAAGCUGUAUGGAGACGUUCAGGAUCAGCACUGCCGCCUGCAUCGGAUGGGCAACGACUUUUAUGUCAUGGCCCUGGAGUCUCAGAUCGGCACAUUGGUGGACGGACAGAAGAUUCGACACCAAGAUGGGCCGGUGCCGAUCAGAGAUGGGACCACCUUGGGCAUCGGGAAAUACCUCGUCUACUGUGAAGUCGGCAACGAAGCCUUCUUGCAGGACAGGCGGAAAAAGCUCCUGGCCGGCGAGAGGUUCUGGAAGGAAGGCAAAGCCAGCCUACAGAAGUCCGAGGAAGCUGCCGAGGCCAAGCCGGCAGCUGAGGAGGCUGAGGCUGCACAAGCUGGCGAGGGUGCUGACGAUGAUGAGGAAGACGAAGAGGCACUCGAUGUCCUCUUUACGGCACCACCAGACGAGGCCGAAACCGAUGGAGUGACGAAGGCAGAGGCAGCGCCAACAGAGGCGGUUACAUUGCUGUUGAUCCUGGUCGUCUUGCUGCUGGUGUCCUCAAGCUAA